UCAUCAAUCUAAAAUUUCAUUCUGUGAUAACUUUCUACCAGCGAUUAAUUUGAUUAGCAUUCUCUGCUAUUUCUUCGGUCUUUCUUGAGAAAAUGUCUUGCUGUGGAGGAAACUGUGGUUGUGGAUCUGGCUGCAAGUGCGGCAACGGUUGCGGAGGUUGCAAAAUGUACCCGGACUUGGGCUUUUCCGGCGAGUCGACCACGACUGAGACUUUCGUCUUCGGCGUUGCACCCACAAUGAAGAACCAGCACGAGGCUUCUGGCGAGGGUGUCGCUGAGAACGAUGCAUGCAAGUGUGGAUCUGACUGCAAGUGUGAUCCUUGCACCUGUAAAUGAAUAAUGAAACCUCUCUAAGGUGGCAGAGAUAAUCAGAGUUUAAUUAUAUUAAGUAACCCUAAUGAUGUUCUAGGUUUUGUUUUACGGUGUAAUAAUGGCUGCAGGCUUUUGUCUUUUAGCCGAUAAUGGUUUUCGUUUGUGUUGACGUAUCUAGUCUCUAGAUGUCUCUGCCAUGUGUGACGGAUGAGUCAGUUUGUACUUUUUUCUUUUUUUUUUUCAAAUUGAAAUUUCAUAUUUAUCCGAAAGGUUUUUAGAACCA